GUUAGGAGGCGCACACAGGCAGCAGCGCGAGCCGCCGAGCUGAAGCGGGGGCAGGUUUUGGUUUUCUCCGUCAUGUCAGUUGGUAUCGUCGCCUCGUCGAGGAAGCAGCGCGCCGCGGACUCCCAGCAGACACUCCGCGCACUCCUCGAGGUGGAGCCCGGCCGGCGGCACCACCACCACCACACACACCGAGAACCAUGUACGCUUUGAAAAAGAGACACUCGAACUGUUCGGCGGGGAAGCAGGAGGAGGAGGACCCGCAGGUGACCGAGAAGAUGCUGCUGGGGGACUCCCGGCAGGGCAGCGACGGCCAGAGCCCCGGAGGAGGCGAGGACGGGGUGGUGGUGCUGAAGAGAAACAUCACGCUGCUGAACGGCGUGGCCAUCAUCGUGGGCACCAUCAUCGGCUCGGGCAUCUUCAUCACGCCGAGCGGCGUGGUGAAGGAGGCGGGCUCGCCCGGGCUCUCGCUCGUGCUGUGGGCGCUGUGCGGGCUUUUCUCCACCGUGGGCGCGCUCUGCUACGCCGAGCUGGGAACCACCAUCACCAAGUCCGGCGGCGACUACGCUUACAUCCUGGAGGUGUACGGCUCGCUGCCGGCCUUCCUCAAGCUGUGGAUCGAGCUGCUGAUCAUCCGGCCCUCGUCGCAGUACAUCAUCGCCUACGUGUUCGCCACCAACCUGCUGAAGCCGCUCUUCCCGGUGUGCGCGGUGCCGGAGACCGGCGCCAAGCUGGUGGCCUGCCUGUGCAUCCUCUUGCUGACCUUUGUGAACUGCUACAGCGUGAAGGCAGCCACCAGAGUCCAGGACUUCUUUGCUGCAGCAAAACUCCUGGCCCUCAGCCUCAUCAUCAUCAUCGGCUUUGUCAAGAUUGGACAAGGUAGCACUGACGGUCUUCUGCCAGAGAAUUCUUUCAAAGAAUCCAAAUACGAGUUUGGUAGCAUUGGUCUGGCCCUGUACAGCGGAUUGUUUGCCUACGGUGGCUGGAAUUACUUAAACCUAGUUACCGAGGAGAUGAUCGAGCCGUACAAAAAUCUUCCUCGUGCCAUCAUUAUCUCUCUGCCCAUAGUGACGUCGGUGUACGUUCUGACCAACCUGGCAUAUUUUACCACGCUCUCGCCUGAAGAUAUAAUCCACUCCAAGGCCGUGGCUGUGGAUUUUGGAAAUAAGCAUUUGGGCGUUAUGGCUUGGAUCAUUCCCGUGUUUGUCGGUCUCUCCUGCUUUGGAUCAGUCAAUGGCUCUUUGUUCACAUCAUCCAGGUUAUUCUUCGUUGGUGCCCGGGAAGGACACCUGCCCUGUUUGCUGUCAAUGAUCCACCCUAAACUCCUGACCCCACUUCCCUCGCUUCUGUUCACUUGUUUGAUGACACUCUUCUAUGCCUUCUCCAACGACAUCUUCUCCGUCAUAAACUUCUUCAGCUUCUUCAACUGGCUUUGCAUCGCCCUGGCAAUCAUCGGAAUGAUGUGGCUUCGUUAUAAGAAGCCUGAACUGGAGAGGCCAAUCAAGGUGAACAUCCUUCUACCCGUGAGUUUUGUGCUCGCCUGCCUCUUCCUCAUCAUCGUCUCCUUCUGGAAGACUCCCAUUGAAUGCGGCAUCGGCUUCGCCAUCAUCAGCACUGGACUGCCCGUCUACUUUUUCGGUGUCUGGUGGCAGAACAAACCCCAGUGGCUCCAACAGGGACUCUGUUCCACCACAACGUUUUGCCAGAAGGUGAUGGAGGUAGUGCCUCAGGAGACUUAAACAGAUGUGAGGGCCAUCAGCCAAACAGAUUACACCAACCCUGAUCUCUGACAUCACUCCUGAUCAGGCUUGACCUCUGUCAGCCUUUUUCAACACAGACACACACCUGGGCUCACCUCGUCUUCGCCGUUGUUUAGAGUAAAUGUUUUUGUUUUGUAUUUGUACAGUCAUUAACUUUUCUUUGUAGUUUUGUUGAUGUCUUUCUUUGAAUUUUGGUCGUUUCCGUUAUGAAUACGUUCACAUACUGUCUCUUCUAUUUAUAACACUGUGCCUUAUUUGGCAAAUGAAGAUGGAACUGAUUCCUGUUCUGUUUCUGAGGCCGCCAUCAACUUCCUGUUAGUAUUGACCUGCUAACAGCUAUAGUCUUCAAAUAUGUGGGACUUUUACAACCUGUAGCUUCUGAAAAAAGCCUCCAAGCUGCCACUUAUACACAGAAGCAUGGAAAUCUGUGGGGAUAGAUUUGGUCUCUGGGUUCGGGUUGAUUUCAUGAUCGUCUGAGUUUUUGCAUGGACCCAUUUGUCCUGCUGUGUUUUUUGACCUCAGGUCGUCUGCGCUGCUGUAGCCACUUUCAGACGCACUUCAUGUUGGCGAUCCACCAUGAGUGUCAUUUCUUAAAAGUCAUGCUGCCAGUCUUACUACUUUGUGUCCGUUAAAUGGUGUUAACAGCCAACAUCUCAAAAUAAACCCAAACCCUAAACCAUUUCAGAGAGAGACAGGCAGCCGAUUAGACCAGGGAAGGGCCACAGGAUUCCACUAAGGGUCAAGACAAUGCAGGUUUUCCUUCUAACUGAUCUCCUCAGGUGGUUUUACUGAUGAACUCCUGUCUUCAACUUAAAGUCUUGAUCAUCUGUGGAAUCACCUGGUGAGCUGACCAGUAGCGAGGAAACCUGUGCUGUUUUGACCCUUUAUGAACAUCCCUGGAUUAGAGCCUUGUUCCAAAUGCAGGUGUUUGCCACCCUUCCAGAACUGCCAGUCUGUUUCUGGCGUGCAAAACCUUAUGAAAUUGUCCAUCUUAUUAUACUCUGUAGAAUGUAAAUACUGUACAAAAAAAUCAGGUGUCAGCACAAUAUCAGAAGUGGUCAACAAGACAUGAUAUGUAACUGUAGCCCUAGACCUCUGAAAACCAUUUCAACCACAUUUAGCCUUAUUUGAAACCUUGUAGUGGCCAUGGUGACAGGCAGGUUUCCAUAGACUGGAGGCUAUAGUGAUGGGGUUGACUUCGCUGUGGCAGAAUGUAUUAGCCACGUGGGUGUGCAGAGUUAAAGCUGUAACCUCUACAUUAUGCAGAACUGUAAAGACAGAAGUAUCCGGUGAGUACAGACUUUGUGGUCAGUUGCUGUUUUGGAGG